AUGUCGUUAGCACCAAUAUUGAUGCGAAGGGCAGGUCUACUUUUGGUGGAAGCUUUGUUCAGCGUUACUCUAUUUUUAAUAGCAAUAUGGAUAGCGCUACCAGUAUUCUUGACCCCUCUGCAAGAUGAGCCGGAACCUCCAUUGGCGUCAAGAGAUAUCCUUGCUUCAUUGCAUACUAAUAAUAUUUUGGGCUAUGCACCCAACAAUCAACCUUAUGUCACUAUUAUGAAUAGAGCUGGUGUUCUAUUGGGACUGGAAAUCCUGAGUGCUCAGACUGAGUAUGAUCUAAAUGAAAUGUUAUAUAACAAGUCUAGUGGCGCUCCACUCAGGAGCCCUGUCAUAUGGGUCAUCUGGAAACCAAAGGUUUAUAACAUUUGGACGCUGAGCAUUCGCAGCACGGAACGAGCUCGCUUCGUCUCCGACGCAGAGAACAGAGAGACUUCCAACCCUCACUUGCGAGCUGGUUUCCUGGCCGUCCAGCUAGCCAUCAGUCAGGCGAUCAUCGAGCACUCCAGCCAGGAAGUUCCUAAUUUCGAAGUGACCCUUGUCUCAAUGCCAGUAUCCCCGCUGAUGGAAGAGGGAGCAGUGAGGCAGGCGUUGUCAGGCAUUCUGCUGUGCUUCACGCUGGCCCUUAUUCCACCGGUCUUGGAGACUGAAGCACUCGUUGUCACCGAAACUGUCAACUCGUUUAAGCGUGCCCUCCGUCUACGUAACGUCGGCUACGGCUCUAUGUACGUCAGCUGGCUAGUCUACGCCUAUCUUACCUGCCUGCCCAUCUGUGUCCUGGCUUCAAUCACCCUCAUCCUGAUCUUCAGAUGGAUCCAUCUCUUCGCAGCCCUCCUAGUCAUGAUGGCCUACGCUUCGGUCAUGAUCAUGGUAGCUCUGAUGAUGGGCAUGUUUCAUAGCAAAGCUUCGAUCGCUUGCAUAUGGUCCACGUUGUUCACAUUAAUGCAGACCUACUUAGCAGAGCUGCUUGUUCAUCAUGAGUAUGACCUGAAGCACAGCGCUCUGACCUUCGUUCUACACCUCAUCCUUCCACCCAUAGGAUUAGUGCAUGCUUUAAAUAAAUUCGCCUUACUACAAACUGCACAUGAAUCCGAAACAACUGACUCCAGUUCCUUGGCAUAUAUGGUGAUAUCAUGGUGUAUAAUGAACAUAUUCUACUUCGGAGUCCUGAUGAUGCUGCAGCGGACUAUUGGCCAGAAACGUGCCAUCGGAGGUCAAGUGUCCUGGAAGUCUAUUAUCUUCAAGAAAAUUGAGGAUCAUGACCGACUACACACGAUAGAGUCCCCCACAGGGAGUGAACGUGGAAAGGUUCAAGAAGUUGAUGAAUUUGUGGCAAAAGCUGUCAGCUUCCGAGAUGUAUCGAAGAGUAUCAUGGGUGCUCCAGUGUUAAGCAAUAUCACCUUCGAUAUUUACCGCGGCGAGUUCACCGUACUCUUUGCGGAGAGAAUCCAGGAAACCAUGCUUAACACCAUCGAAGACUUGCUCACCGGUCUAACGUUUGCCGACCACGGAUCAAUAACGGUGCUGGGCGAAAAAAUGGAAUAUGGUACCGUCGUGAUGACCUCACCUCAUAUGAUGGGAUACUGCCAUCACUCGGAGACACUGAUCGAGGACCUCACUGUUCAAGAGCAUUUCACUUUGUUCAGCAUGAUAUGUCUAUGGAAAAAAAUGAAGUUGAGUAUAUUCGAGUACGCUCAUGUUCGGACAAAGCGUCUGUUAAAGGAGUGUGAUCUGGAAUCUGUGAAACACGAGCGAGUGAGGAACUUGAACAUCUACUACAAAGCUCAGCUCUGCUGGGCCAUUGCCAUGUUACUAGAACCUCGGGUCAUCAUGAUACCCGCCUUCACUGAUCAUCGAACAUACGUAGCUGUUAUAAAGGACAAAAUAAUGCAAUUUAAGAAGUACAAGACGAUAGUAUCACUGAACUUCUCCAGCAGUCAAAUUGAGUAUGCUGACAGAAUAUUUGUGUUUGAUAGCAAGAUACUGGUCUUUGGAGGCACACCAGCUUACAUGUUCUUCAAAUAUGGUCGUGAAUACCGUGUGCGGAUGACGAUGAAGAGUACUGGAAAUUCUGAAGAUAAUGUCAAAGAACUUCUUGAGAGGGCUGAGCGAGCUGGUGCCACAGUUAGAGCUCACCUUGGCUCCUUGCUCAUCCUGAGAUUACCAGCCAGCCCUACUGCCACCGUCGCAGAACUGGUGAAGGAUCUAACUGACAACUCCAAUAAAUAUGGACUCACGUCCUUCAAUAUCACAGUAGCAGAUUCUGAUGAAGUUUGCCGAAGAGCUAUCAUGGAUUCAAGGUCACAUAAAGAACACCACGAUCCGCUGACUAUUAUGAGAACUAAAGCGGCACUGUUUAACAUUACAGAACCCGUUAGAUGGAUACGACGAACGUCUUAUAAAAAUUUGCAUCUCGGCAGCAUCGCUCACAAGUUCUUCACGUUUCACAUUUAUCAUAAACUCCUGUUUACAAUCACGUUAUUAGCUGCGCUGACUGCAGGCGUUGCCUUAGGGUUGUCCCUGUCUUCCGUGCUCACUCAUAUGGACCCUGGCAAGGGUUCCAAAAAAAUUAUCAGCGGUGGUAUACAGACAUUGUCCGUGGAGAAUUUGCAGAUUUAUACCACUUUGGUCCUUCGUGCUGACAAUUCUACUGCCAGUCGAUCUAUCGCCCACGGAUAUGUGCUCUCCGACACAAAAGCAAAGAAAAAAGAAAUUAAAAAUAUAGAUUACACAGCUUUGCCACACACUGAAAGCCUGACAGAAUACUUGGUGACUCGUGCUAUAGACUCGCCUCAACUUUACGUCUAUAUGUAUGCUUAUGGUAUGGACGUUUCGACUGAUGAGAAUGGAACAGUUUAUAUCCAAGCUCUGUACAGUCCAAUCCACCACGACCAUGGAGCUGCAGCCCGUUCUCUAGCUCGUGUAUUCAUGGCCUUACUUCGGCAUUACUCCAAGAGUAUGGAUGCUACAAUAAAGAUUAUUGACGACCCUCUCGCUUUGGAUAUGUCACCGUGGCUGAAAGACGUGACUACACCGCCGCUGUUCAUACAGUUCAUGUUGAUACUGACUAUUUCACAUAUUACUCUUCUACCAUCCAAGGAGUUUGGACUUAUAAGACAUAUCCAAAAACACGCAAUGAACUUCUCCCCGGCCCGCUAUUGGUUGAGCCUCUACUUCUGGGACCUGCUGCUGUACUGGAUACUGGUCGGUAUAAUGAGCUUCGUAAUGAUCGCCAUCAUGGUCGCCACUAUACCUAUGACACAUAUGAAGUAUGUCGAUCUAAUUAUAGUUCCUUUCAUGUUGACUGUGUAUGGGAUUGGAUGUGUGCCUCAAGCCUACAUCUUCAGUUUGGGACCCCGGAUGGCUCUGAAUACUAUGACUUUUGUCAUCGUCAACCUUGUUUUUGGUGAAACGACAAUAUUAGCAAAAAUAUUCUACGGCGAUGUUUUCAGUUACGCCGUGGACUUUAUGAGUCUCUCUCCUCAAUUCAAUAUGGCGUACGCCUUUGUGAAGAUAAAACAGAUAUUUUUAUACAACAGCGAGUGUGUCAUAUUCGAGAGCAGGAAACUUUGUCCAGUUAAUACAUUUCAUAAAUGCUGCCAAAAAUGUGGUGUUCUCCAAGACUGUUUCUCGAGAAAAAGUUAUUUCACUCGCUACCCUGGAGUGGUCAUGGAGGUGAUUGCGACGUGCACUACAGCUGUCUUCUUUACUGUUCUACUUCUGCUCAUUGAGUAUAGAAUAUUUUACCGUUUAUGGAAUUAUGGGACCGUUAAGUUAGGUAACAGGGACAAACCUCAGGUUGAACUGCGGACUCCUGGCAGUGAACGAGAAAAGUUUGACGUGUUCAACAAGAGGCAACAGAUCAGGAAAACUAAACACAAUGAAAAGGUGGACACUUUCGGAGACUAUGUGUUGGCAUCAAAUGUGGCAAAGAAAGUUGGCAAUUUCUACGCGGUCCACAACGUGUACCUUGGAAUUGGAAGAGGAGAAGCAUUGGCAUUGUCUGGACUCAAACAACAGGGACGUAACACGCUGGGUGAAGUACUGGCGGGGUACAAAACACCAGAUGUAGGCAAUGUGUGGGCCAUGUCAAAAUAUAAACUGAGAACACAACCGCAUAAUUAUAGUCAGCAAGUAUCCAUCAGCUGCGAACGCGACCUGUUACCUUCAUGGAUGGUGGCCACAUCUGCUCUGGAACUCAUUGCUGCGCUGCGAGGAGUGCCUCGCAAGUUCAUAAAAGAUGAAGUUAAAAACUAUAUCGUGGCUCUCGAAUUACAAGAACUUUCAAAACAGUAUGUUGAACACAUUCACGCGAACGAUCUUACUCGCCUGCACUUUGCUGCGGCAGUGAUUGGAGCACCUCCUAUUAUCGUGCUGGACGAGUGCACUGCGUACCAGGAACAUUCUGUGAGACGAGCCAUGUACUCCAUUCUCAACGCGCUUAGGAAGAGAGGGCAUGCUAUCUUCAUUAGUUCUAGCAGCAUCGAGAGCCACAUGCCAGUGACAAACAAACUGGCCAUCAUGCUGGACGGCCAUAUUUUUGACGUGGAUUCGGUUGACAACAUGGUAGAGCGAUACAGUGAGAAGGGAUACACUGUCGUUGUGCAUCUCAAGGACGAGGUCGAUGUCACCAUUAUGUUCGCUAGAUACUUCAGGAAUUUUCUUCUCAAUGAUACAACAGAGGUCCUCGUAAACAUUCAAGUACUGGACUCAGACUUAACUUGGGCGGGAAUAUUUGAAAAAAUGGAGGCUUUGAAAGCCGAAAACAGAGAAGUGUACUCAUACAUAAUCACUGUAAUCCCUAUAGAUUAUAUUUACAACACAAUAAUUAACCAGAGCUCUGGUAACUAUCGGGCCAAAGGAGUCUGUUCCUGGAAGUGGAUUAAAAAAGUAAUGUCUAUCAAGCCACAGAUCGUGCCCAAAAAGAAGGCUCUAAAUAAUUUGGUUCCAUUUGAACAAAAGUACGAUAUUACAAGGCUGAAAGAGCUCCCUUGGUCUGUUAUGUUUCAUAGAUAAGACUUCUUAUCUUUCUUAGCUCUAAGGUUUUAUUAGUAAGGUCCUAAAUUAUAUACUAACAUAUUUAGGUACUUUCUUCCUUUAUUUAUUUUAUUGUUUCUUCAUUUAUUUCGUUUAUAAUUUUAAAACAUUGCUCUCUAACUGCCUCGUCAAUUGAGCUGCAACUCUGAGAGCGAGGUUUCGGGCAUAAUUUCCGAUUUGGACCUAGUAGGUACCGAUCAGAUUUUAAUAGGUACUUUUCUGUUACUACUGUGAUUUUGUUUUAGUUUAAUGUUCAAUAAUGUUUGUUAAGUUUGAUUUAAGUAAGAGUUAAGUAAGUCUUCUAAGAAGUUUAAUUGCAUUGUUAAGAAAUGGUAUACUUGAAUAAAAUGUUACAAUGAUAGUUGUACAUUUAUUAUUUGUUAGUUCGGGUCUUAAUCGUAGCUAAAUACUACCUAUCUAAGAUACUAUACUACUACACGGAAUUGACAUAAGACAUGUAGCGCGUGGCUGACUAUAGAAACAACGGAUCUAUCUAUAUAACAAAUUAUGUCUGCAGGACACUUUGUGCUGACCGCACCAAUACUUACUGAUUUUACAGAUAAUUAAGCCGAGGCCACCUUUCCUGCAGUCUGCAGUCCAAAAGUUAGUCAUGAAUUAUUUGAAAGGGACUAGGGAGGCUCUGAGGACCUUUGGCCUUCUGAUUGGUUAAUUAACGUAGAGCAACCAAUCAGAGAUAAACGCGUUUCGAUCGUGUCUGAUGAAUAUGACAAAUUUUUUUAAACUAGAAACUAGUGAGCGUGUAAGUUUCAAAAUCGGAGAAUUCUGUCUUGUGUUCGUUUUGCGUAAAUAUGUGCCUGUGACUAUUGGUUAAAAGUAGCACUUAUAAUGUGCGUAGUGAUACCUACUAUAAACCACUGUGGUCUAUACAGUGUCCUUGGAGUAAGGAUCGAACUAAACAGGGUCAUAGGAGGUCAAGGUUAUUCCCAAAGUUGUCGAAUUCUCACCGUUUAAAAAGGAUGAAUGUACCCUGUCCUGUCCUCUUGUUCAAUUUGAUUCUUAUUCACAAUUUCCACCUAAGCUAAAUAGAAACCUAGUGAGUGAAUGAAUUGUUAAAUUGUUAGUAGCAUGCAACAAAAACAAGCGGUAUUGCAGUGGUUAGUAUUAAAACUUUAUAUUCAAAA